AUGCAGGUGGUUUCCUGCGGUCAGCAGCCGGACGCGGGGCGAAAAAAGGGUGGUGGUUGUGGUGGUGGUGUGAGCUGGGCGGGAAACGAGAGGAAGAAGGAUGCCGAGCCUGAGGACCCUGAAGACGAAGAUGGCGGCGGUGGCUGCUACUUCCUGCUGUUGUUGCCGCAACGAACAGGGGUUAAAGUGGAUACACCAUAG